ACAAACUGUAAAAAGUUCUCAAUGCGUUUACCUGUGACCACAGCUCUCUGAAGUGCGUUUGAUUAAUAUACAGCCUAUGCGAGGUUUGUGCGGUGCAGACAAUAUAAUCUUAACACAGACCGAUCGUUUACUUUAUCUCACUUUACCAGGGUGACAAUGUGUGUAUCUUGAUGAAUAUUCGGAUAUAGACUUCCACAUAUACAUAGUUAAGUUUAUAAUAAUUCAAAAGGCGAACUAGCUCCGCGCUGUCGUGGUGUCAAGGUAAACAAUAUGCAGCACUCCGGGGCUGAGAUGUAGCCACUAGCUAAACUAGCUUCCUGCACAGCUGAAAGGCAGCAUCAUCGCCACUCCUCCCAAUAGGAAGGGCGCAUCCCGGAUAGCUAGCUGGCUAGCUGUACUCAACAUAACGAUGGCAGUGAACCUCAGCAAAAAUGGCCCUGCAUUAACAGCUGCAUUUAAAGAAGUUGUAGAUGAAAAAUGCAAUACCAACUGGGCCUUGUUCACCUACGAAGGAAACAGUAAUGAUAUCCGCCUGGCAGAAAAGGGGGAUGGAGGACUGGAGGAGUUGGUUGAGGAACUGAACAGUGGAAAAGUGAUGUACGCUUUCUGCCGGGUCCAGGAUCCAAAUUCUGGCCUGCCUAAAUAUGUCCUCAUCAACUGGACUGGAGAAGGAGUGAAGGACGCUAGGAAAGGAAUAUGUGCAAAUCAUGUCAGCUCCAUGGCCAAUUUUCUUAAGGGGGCCCAUGUCACAAUAAACGCCAGAGCAGAGGAGGACGUGGAGCCCGAGGUGAUCAUGCAAAAGGUGGCCAAAGCCUCAGGAGCCAACUACAGCUUCCACAAAGAAGCUUCCAGUCGCUUCCAGGACAGCGGUCCUCAGGGUCCCGUGGGCUCAGUGUACCAGAAGACAAACGCUAUGUCCGAAAUCAGAAAGACCAACAAAGACAACUUCUGGGCUCAGGCAGAGAAAGAAGAGGAGAAACGUCGCCAGGAGGACCGGCGCAAGGCAGACGAGGAGCGCCAGAAGCUGGAGAAAGAGAGGAAAGACAGAGAAGCCAAAGAGGCAAUGCAGAGGGACAAAAGGGACAAGGAGAGGGCCUCUCAAAUCGACCAACAAAAGAAGUACCAGCAGCAGCAGGAUGCCGAGAGUAAAGAGCAGGAGAAGCCACGUUGGGAGGAGCAGGAGGAACCCCAGGCAGCCCCGAAGAAAGCAGUCAAGAGAGGUGAAUCUGUGGAAAAGGCCAACGAGGCGGCUUCUCUCAUCUCUCAGCGAGCUGUGAACCCCAGAGAGAUGUUCAAGCAGAGAGAGAGGGGAAUGACUCCCAGUGACUCAGAUGUCCCCUCUGCUGCCCCUGCCAGCCCUCAGCCAGGGCGUCUGCAAAGCCCUUUUCUGUCUAAGCCAGUGUAUGAAAGUGAGCGAGCCAGCUCACCUCAGCGCCAAGCUUCUCCUGUGCCAGCAGGCUCCGCCUCUCCUGUCCCUGCCACAGAGCCUGAUGUGGAUGAUGGACAGUCCAGGUGUGAGUAUGAUGAGCAGGAGGUGACCCCGCAGGAGCCGUGUGAAGAGCCAGAGCCAGAGCCGGCACCGGCUGCCAACUCCUACGUCCAUGAGACAGCUAAUGAGGAGCCUGCUCAGCCCCAGGUGGAGGAGAGUAACUCCUAUGAGGUGACUCCUGAGGAGACACCAGAGAGAGGCACCUGUGCCAGAGCUUUGUAUGACUACCAGGCUGCUGAUGACACGGAGAUCUCCUUCGACCCAGACGACAUCCUCACCGGGAUCGAGAUGAUCGACGAGGGCUGGUGGCGAGGCUACAGCCCGGACGGCCAUUUUGGAAUGUUCCCAGCCAAUUAUGUGGAGCUUAUUUAGCCCCUCGCUCCCCGCCACCCAUUCCAUCCCCAGAUUAUCACACUGGCAGCCCCAGAGGACCUCUGCAGUAAAACAACACACAGCAUAGUCAGCCCCCCUCGCACACCAGGGAGCUGAUGAAGCUGAAAUGGAGCAAACGAUCCUCCACAUCACGGACCAAUGAACGGAUGGUAAUCGUGGGACAGAAGCUUUUGAAAUCUCUCCUCUUUUAAAGAAAAAAAUGUUGAUGUUGUGAGCAGCUGAUGGCAUAGUUUAGGGAUUUGUGAAGACCCAUAGUCGGACCAAUACUCCCUCCCACCCCCCUAAAAAUACAUUUCCUUUCCUAUAAAUGUGAUGCAGUACAAUAUCAGCCUUUCGUUAAGUCUUAAGCAUUUAUAGCACUUCUAGUUCACAUUCCUUACAAAGUGACUUCAGUUCUAUUUCAGGUAUAAUUUUGUUGUUACUUGUAGCAGAUGCUCCUGUGCAUUUCAGGAAGAAAAAAAAAAAAAAAGGAUCAAAUAUGGCGGUACCAGCUACAGUAUAAUCUUUUGCCUUGUUUUUGCCUUUCUUUACCGGCAGACUGAACUUUCCUUUUUUUUAUGUGAUUAAUCCUGUGUGAAUUUCAAACCAUGUUUUAGUACUGAUCUCACUGUGGUUGAAGUGAAUAUUUAAAAGCAAAAGAAAAAAAAUCAGAUGUUUGCUGUGCUCUGGGUGGAUGUAGUGGGGAAUGCUUAAAACGGUUCAGUUCCCUUUAACUGUGAGUAUAUAACGGUCGUUUUCACUUCAAAUCCUUCGUCAUCUAUUUCAACAUAUUUAACUUUUCAGGGACAAGCUGAAGAGAAGAAAACACAAGUGAGCAAUUAUUUUUCUCUGUUUGGAUCUCGCUGGUCUGAGGUUGAGUUUGAGUGCAUAACAUAUCUCUAAUAAGUAAUAUGUGCUGUUAUGGUGCCAUAAUGACGGGAAGUAGAUGCAGUGACAUUUUCAUUGAAAAUUUGCAAGUUCACUGUUUUUAUCGUGGAACAAAAUUCCUGCUCUUUUAAGCUUUUCGGUCAGUCGAUUAAAAGGAAAAAAUGAAUUGAUAAUGAAUAGAAAAGGGCAUCAUGUAUCCAUUGCAUUAUUCAUGUUUGUUUUCCAGAGUCUAUUGUAAUGCACAGACAUUCUUCAUAAUAAAAUAAAUAAACAAA